UCGUCCUCCGUGUGGCACGUGCUUCCUACUUCCCGAGUCUUGCAGAGGAUUCCGGUCCCCGAUAUCCCCUCGUGCGAAUCGCCGAAGUAAUUCCAAUUUCUUUCCUUUGAAAGUAAAAAAUAAAAAAACUCCAGUCUCUCGUCUCAACUCCACCAGAUCCCGCGAGCAGAAACAGAGGAAAAUCAGGGUUUCAUCUCCUCCUUCGGCCAACAGAUAUAAGAGUAAUGCUCUCGAGAUAUGAAAUUUGAGGAAUCAUCUCUCACUGGAUAUCUUGUCAAGAAUCUCGAACCUCUGGGCAGGAAAGAAGAUAGAGAGGAAAACUUAACGGGAGAGAAGUCGGAGGCCAUUCCUUCGAGUAUUGUAAAUUGCACCUCUGUCCUUCCCAUCUCCUUGUAAAUUGCACCUUCAGGUAUUCUUGAUCUCCAGCUGCUAAAAUGUGCACCCUCUUCCCUACUCUCCACCACUCCAAACCCCCCCACCCUUGUCUCCCUUUAAACAACUAUUCUUCUUGCUCCUUUCACUCUUCAUCUCUUACCUUCCGUGCAGCCCAUUGUACAUUGCAACAUCGCGCAAUCCGAAUCAGAGCUCUUGAUGCUGCCCAACCAUAUGAUUAUGAAUCUCAGAUUCACGCCAACCACCAAAACAGCACCAAACUUAAAAUUGCAAUCAUAGGCUUCGGCAACUUUGGCCAAUUCCUUGCCAAGACCAUCACCAAACAGGGCCACAUUGUCCUGGCGCAUUCCCGCUCCAACUACUCUGAAAGUGCUCACAGGCUGGGUGUUUCAUUCUUUUCUGAUCCUCACGACCUCUGUGAGGAACACCCAGACGUGAUACUUCUCUGCACUUCCAUUAUCUCCACCAAAUAUGUACUCUCUUCACUCCCAAUCCAACGACUGAAACGAAACACCCUUUUUAUCGAUGUCCUUUCUGUAAAAGAAUUCCCCAAAAACCUCUUCCUUCAAAUACUUCCUCUUGAAUUUGAUAUUCUUUGCACACACCCGAUGUUUGGGCCGGAGAGUGGAAAAAAAGGGUGGAAAGAUCUCCCUUUCAUCUACGACAAGGUGAGGAUUGGAACUGAUCAGUUGAGAUCAAACCGCUGCGAGCGCUUUUUGAAUAUUUUUGCCCAGGAGGGCUGUAAGAUGAUGGAAAUGUCUUGCAUGGAACAUGAUAAAUAUGCUGCUGGGUCACAGUUUAUAACGCACACGGUGGGUCGAGUUCUGGGGAAAUUGGGUCUGCAGUCGACGCCAAUAAAUACAAAAGGAUACGAGGUAUUAUUGGAGUUAGUGGAGAACACAUCAGGCGAUAGCUAUGAGCUUUAUUAUGGGCUGUUCAUGUACAAUACAAAUGCAACAGAGCAGCUGGAGAGGUUGGAGAUGGCAUUUGAUGCACUGAAAAAGCAACUUUUUGGGCAGUUGCAUGAUAUACUGAGGAAACAGUUGUUUGACAGUAAUGAGGGAUUGGAUGCAACCAGUCCCACAAAAACGAAGCCCAAAGCUUCUUCUAUUGCUGAGACAUUGACUUGAAUCAAAAGCAAGCAACACACCUAUUAUACUAGUGGUCCUAUCCUCCAUUCUCAGCACGGGGAAAAAAGUCAACCAGAUCAACAUCUCAGGUGGGCCAUGACACAUGGAACAACGGGGAUGGGAUGCCAACCGCAGGUUUGCGUGGCAUCAACAUGACGUGUCUCUUCUGUUGAAACCAUUAAUUAGUACAACUCAUCAGUGAAGAUGCAAAAAUCAGCAUGAUCUUGUUGGAAUAUUUGGUUGAAUCAAAUAGACUAUCUAAAA